AUGGCUGUAGCCGUGCCCAUGGCUAUACCUGUAGAAGAUGCUAUUUUCGACAUAUCCGAAUAUUGGGAAGAGUUCAUGGACAACAGUCUCAGCUACGACCAAAUAGACACAUAUUACGAACUUCUCGACUCCUCCAACGAGCUCUCCAAGAGAGACGUUCAGACUAUUGCUGGACUCUUGGAAUUGCUCAACAGAUCAGAGAUCAUCUGGGACGUUUUGGACCAAGUAGCUGGCCAUCCUGACAGAAUUCAGACCCUUGCCAAUCUCACCAGUGGUUUGAUCGAUUUCAUUGGUGCUUCCAACAUCAGUCUUGCUGAUUUAACGAGUGCUGCUUCGUCGCUCAGCGGUUCUGUUAAUGUUACCGCCAUUGUCGGUGCUGUUCUUGAUUCUGGAGUCGUCACCAACUUGUUGGACGGAAUUCUCUUAGAUGACAGUUUCAGACCCGUUUUGGUGAACUUGAUUAACGACGUUGUUCUAUCGUUUAAGACUGAGAUUUGGUUCCUUCUCAAGGGUGUAUUUGCCAAGAGAGAGUACUUGGAACCAAUGUCUCAAGAAGAAAUCAUCGAAGUGUUCAGAAGAGCUUCCAACGAGGGAUCUCUUGAAACCUUUGCUAGCAACGUUGUGGGCACUAUUCUUGAAUCACAAUUGGUUAAAAACAUCUCGUUGGACUUGCUUGCUGCCUUGAAUGAAACAAGCUUCUUGACUUACACCGUUAAGAGAUUCCUUGCCACCCCAGCCUAUAUCAACAUGACAACUGAUUUGAUAUCUGACAUUUACAACACUGCACACAUCAAUAUUGAUCUUAGCUCCAUUAACAUCAGUGCAAUUGUAGGUUCUGCCUUGGCUAACCCUAAGUUAAUUAGCAAUGCUGUUGGUCUGCUCUUGUCAGGAAAUUUGGAUCUCAGCUUCUUAGGAAAGUAUGCCUCGGCUGUGAGUAAGAUCAUUACUGGCUUAGAGGAUAAGGGUCUCUUCCAGGAAUUGAACGACUUCAUCUUCCCUUCUACGAGUAAAUCUGCUACUGCUACAACUUCGGAGAAAAACAAAGAUCAAGUUGUUACUGGAAGCACUUCUGCAACUACUACUCAAUCUAAGUCCAGUUCUACGGCAACGAAUGGAGCUCCAUCCGUGGCAGGAAGCCGCUUGAGCAAUCCCAUGAUCAAAAUGAUUUUCUUUUUGCAAUCACUUGCUUUCGGUGGAGUCUUGUUGAUUCUCUAA